AUGUCUGAUGGUGAGUACAUAACUGACGGUCCAUUAAUCGAUUUGGUUACUUCUGAUUGGCGGGAAGACGUAUUGCCUUUUGAACAUAUUCUUGUACACGCUUCUUGCUUACCGGAAACGGAGCCGCCCUUGGCGGACAAACAAAGCUCCUUGGAUUGCUUAACACAAGAUUCUGUGGUCGAAUCUCGUUGGUCGGAGCUUGAUUUAGACUUUUUGCUGGCUAUAAAAUCCUUGGUUUGUUCAAACAUGCCUUCGAAUUGGUCAAAUCUUAUCACAAAAGCGGAGAAGUUGCUUGGUGGUCCGGCUCCUUUUAUCAAUCUUACUUCACUAAUGUCUUCUGAGGCCGGAUUUUUGGCGUCUCGCGCCCGUCGGUUAGCCGCAACAACAGAUCACCCGUUUUUCUCGUCUGUUCGUGCAUGCCUACGUGGGAGANCAGUAUCUUCUUCGCUUCUUCCUUUCUCACAAAAGUUUUCUCCAACACGGUCAUCCUCACCAUCUUCUCCCUAUCCGUGCGGUGGACUGAUCAUUUUACUCGUCGGACAAUGUCGCGCGGGUAAUUCGGUUGGAUCAACUGUACUGUCAAAUCAGCACCGCAGUCUGGCUGAGUUGUUUGAAACAGUGCACAUGGCUGUAACAAUCCACAAAAGUCUGGUUCAUCCAAAUAAGGAAAGCCGGUGUUGGUCUCGUGAAGUUUCGGGAUCCGAAGAUGAAGAUGACGAAACUUGGGUAAAAAAUAUGGAGUUGGGAAAUAAGUUAGCCACGUUGGCUGGCGAUGUACUUCUGGCAUCCGUGUCAACUACUCUCGCUAGUUUUCAUAACGCAAAAAUCGUCGACGUAGUGUCCGCAGCAAUUGGUGAUAUGCUGCAAGCUGAGUUCUAUGCCGUCCCACAGGCAUUUUUCCACGGUCGAGGCGAAUCUCCGCUUCCUCAAGAAAAACUUCAGCCGGAGUUUCAGCACCUAGCACACAAAAACUGGCUCCAGUACAUCGGUUCUUCUCGAGGCUCUAUUAUGGGAGGCUGCUGUGAAUCCGCAGUACUUCUGAGUGAAGCUCGACUCAGACUACCGGUAAACGAUCGUCAUGGUAGUAAAGAUCGCGACUCAGCAUUUCUGGCUCGUGAACUAGGCCACGAUUGGGCCACUCUUCUAAGAUUGAUUGAGGAGCGUGAAUUCGUUCGACGAAAUGAGUCCUCCCUCCAGAAGCGAUUGAGCCACCUAUCCGAAUCACCGAACGGCCCUACUCCUGGAAAGGUCGCCCCCGGAUCUUUCAUCAACUACAUUGAAAGUGGUUUACCUCAACCCGCAUUUAUCGACGUGUACUUAGGCGAACAUGUACCACUUAGCGGAAUUGGACAAAGUACAUCCUCUCCAGUGGACUAUGCAGUUAUCACUCAACAAUACGAUCAGCUGAGUACGGAAUUGUCCGACCGAUUGGAGAACUCCUUCGCUGAAUUCAAAUUAUGUAUCCUAGACUCCGAAUCGGCUUCCGAGAAAGCUACACUCUCUGCUGUUAACUUACUUCAUGAAAUGGUACACAGUCUUUGCGAAGAUGGCCGCCAAUCUACUUGA